CGAUAGUCUAAUGAAAGAUGUAAGCUUUAUCUAAUUGGGAUGAGUUGUUUGGUGUGCAGGUAAGAGUGUGAAAAUGGUUGAGAAAACAAAGGGACGAAAGGAGGAGGUGGUGACCAGAGAGUUCACCAUUAACCUCCACAAGCGCCUCCACGGCUGCACAUUCAAGAAGAAGGCACCCAAUGCCAUCAAGGAGAUCAGGAAGUUUGCCCAGAAGGCUAUGGGAACAAAUGACGUCAGGGUUGAUGUGAAGCUCAACAAGCAGAUCUGGAGCAGAGGUAUCAGAAGUGUCCCAAGAAGAAUCAGGGUUCGCAUUGCUCGCAAGAGGAAUGAUGAUGAAGAUGCUAAGGAAGAACUAUACUCUCUUGUGACUGUUGCUGAGAUACCAGCUGAAGGACUCAAGGGCUUGGGCACUACUGUCAUUGAAGAGGAUGCGUAGUUUAUUAAUGUCUGUUUCAAGUAAGCUACUGGUUAGGCGGUCUGGAAUUAUAUUAAGCAGCUUUUUGGCAAAACCUUCAGAAUGUUAUGAGAACAAAAGACAUGUUUUUGUUAUUUUGGUAGUUUGGAGUAUUUUGUUUGCCCAAAUAUUCAUGAUGAGUUUGUACUUUUGAUUUUAAGUGUUCUGUUUUGGUUAUUAUAAUCUCUCUGCCCUUCCCUUUUCUUGA